AUGUGUCUCCUGUACGCGCUGCUGGCUCUGGUACUCCUUCUCCUCCUCGUUCAUGCCCGUUUUCCGUACCUGGUGUAUGAUGUGCUGUAUGUAGCGAAGGGACUUGGUGUGGCCAUGAGCUUGAGGAGGUCCCGCAGCUCCACUCCGUGCUACACCAUCCUGGACUGUUUCUUAGACUCGGUGAAGAAGCAUCCUGAGAAGAAGUUCCUGGUGUUUGAAGGUCGCUCCUACACGUACAGCGAGGCGGAUAAGCUGAGCAGUAAAUUGGCGAGGGCUCUGCUCCAUCACACCGAGCUGCAGGAGGGAGACACUGUGGCUGUGUUCCUCGGGAACGAACCCAACUUCAUCUGGGUUUGGCUCGGACUUUCCAAACUGGGCUGCUCCGCUGCGCUGCUCAACUCCAACAUCCGCUCCAGGUCCCUGCUGCAGUGCUUCAGCUGCUGCGGGGCAAAAACCCUCAUCGCCGGAGCAGAUUUAGAGGAAGCAGUGGAGGAAGUACUUCCUGCAUUGAAGGAACAGGAAGUGCAUGUGUUCCUGCUGGGUGAAAAUUGUCAGAAGAAUGGACUCAUAAACCUGAGUGAGAAAAUCAGUGCUGAGAGCGACGAGCAGCUACCACGUUCACUUCGAUCCAAAGUCACCAUGAAAACACCUGCAAUCUACAUUUACACUUCAGGCACCACUGGUCUUCCAAAAGCGGCUAUGAUCAGCCAUGAGUGGAUGUGGAUGGCCUCCUCCCUACAGCGAAUGUUUGGUGUCACUUCUGAUGAUAUCAUCUACGUGUACCUGCCCCUGUACCACAGCUCCGCCUUCCUCAUGGGCCUGACCGGGGCAAUACAACAGGGAAUCACGGUGGUGUUGAGGAAGAAGUUCUCCGUGUCUCAGUUCUGGAACGACUGCAGGAAGUACAAUGUGACAGUGAUCCAGUAUAUUGGCGAGAUCAUGCGCUACCUCUGUAAUACACCCAAGACGGACAGUGAUCGUGUGCACAACGUGCGUCUUGCUAUCGGAAAUGGUAUCCGUGCCGAUACAUGGACGGAGUUUAUGCAGCGGUUUGGAAACAUACGUAUCUGCGAGUGCUAUGGUGCGACAGAAGGAAACAUUGGGUUUAUCAACUACACUGGGAAAAUAGGUGCCAUCGGACGGGUGAAUGCGAUCCUAAAGCAAUUUGUACAUUUUGCUUUCAUUAAAUACGACUAUGAGAUGGGAGAACCAGUUAGAGACUCCCGAGGAUUCUGUGUGAAGGUUUCAGAUGGAGAAACAGGCCUGCUGGUGGGUAAGAUCACUAAAACAGCUCCGUUUGCCGGCUAUGCUAACAACAAGAAGCAAACGGACAAAAAGAAGCUGAGAAAUGUGUUUGAGCAGGGAGAUGUUUACUUUAACACUGGAGACCUGAUGAAGGUUGACCAGGAAGGCUUCAUCUACUUCCAGGACCGCGUAGGAGACACAUUCAGGUGGAAGGGUGAGAACGUUGCUACCACUGAAGUGGCUGAUAUUUUGAUCAUGAUGGAUUUCAUCGAGGAGGUUAAUGUCUAUGGAGUCAAAGUGCCAGGUCAUGAGGGCAGAACUGGAAUGGCUGCUGUCACGCUGAAGGAGGGACAGGGCUUCGAUAGCUCUGCUGCCUACAAACACAUUGAGGGCUACCUGCCCACAUACGCCAGGCCACGUUUCAUUCGGAUACAGGAGACGCUAGACAUCACCAACACCUACAAACAGAUGAAGGUGAAACUGUCUGAGGAGGGAUUCAAUCCCAAAGCCAUCCAGGAUAAGCUAUAUUUCCUGGACGACAGGAAGAAAACCUAUGUCCCCAUGACGGAGGACAUCUUUAAGUCCAUAAGCGAUGGACAAUUGAGAUUAUAA